ACUUGGAUUGGGGCAGGGGGCCAUGGAAAGGGAGGAGAUGAAGGAUUUAGGAGAUGGGAUUAACAGAAUUUGGGAGACUUCAAGCCCCAAGAGGGCAAGAACGGAUCUGCCUUGGCCACCGCUGUGUCCCCAGUGCCUGCACCGGGCAAAUACCUAGUCCCUGCCUGCCAAAAUGCCCAUCCUGAAGAGUCUAGGGGUGGCCGACUCUAAGGUGCCCCGGGCAGGGACCCUGCCCCUGAGGUCCUCCCGAAACCCCUUUGAGGAAGUUCCAGGACUGGAAGAAGAGGAGGUUGGGGAGCUGGGGACCCUGCCCAAUGGAACGUCUUGUCGCCGCCGGGCCACUCUGGAGAAGCUGGCUGGCCUGUCCCCCUUCCGGUUGGGCUGGACCCCUGGCAGGCGGGUAGGCAGCCCCGGAGAUGGGCCGCCCCGCUCUUUCCUGGGCCGCAUGCUGACGCCAGGGAUACGCAGGAGCUCUGCAGAUUUUGGCCUCCUGGCCAGGCUUCAGGGGACCCGAGCCCAGGGCGACGAGGAGGCGGCCGGGGAGGCUGCCCGGAGACUGGCCUUCCUGAGACUGGGACGCGGGCCCAAGCCCCACCGUGCGUCACUGGCUGAGAGGGUGGUGCCCGCAGGCGAGGCGGCCCCUGAGCCCCCGCCCAAGGUCCCUGAGCCCCCAAAGAUGAAGGAGCCUCUGUCAGUGCUGGAGAUCCUGAGCCUGAUCCAGCAGCGCGAGCUCGCCCGAGCCGACGAGCACAUCUUGGAGCUGGAGGCCGAGGAGCUGGCGUCGUCGGGGGGCGGCGCGCCCGGGCCUCCCGCGGCCGAGGGCGCGGGCGGCGGCCGCCGGGCGCGGGACGUGGCGCUGCUCUACGAGGCCCUGCAGCGCGAGCUGUGGGCGCUGGUGCGCGAGACGCUGGCGGGCCCCGGGCCGGGCGCGGGCGCCGGGGCGGGCGCCGUGGCGCAGCUGGGCCAGGUGCUGCUGCAGGAGGAGGCGGCCGACGGGCGCCGGGGGCCCGGGGCGGCCCGCAAGCUGCGCGUCCGCUGGGCCGAGGCGGUGGGGCGCGCGGCGCGGGAACGCCUGGAGGCGGCGGCGCCCGGGGCGCCCGGGGGCCUGGCGGGGCAGCUGGAGGCGCUGCGGGCGCGGCUGCUGGAGGAUAUGGGCGUCGUGCGGGGCCGCCUGGCGCCCGCCUACCCCGCCGGCCUGGGCGCCUUCGGCGUCUACCUGCGCGGCUACCACGGCGCGCUGGCCGAGUGGCUCGGGGCCGCCGCCCGCCGGAGGCUGCCGCUGGGCGACCGCUACGCGCUGCUGCACUGGCACAACCAGGUGUACCCCAGAGAGGUCCUAGGGCUGGUGGACCUGGUUGCCCUGGAGAAUGGAGAGCUCGGGCCCCUGCUGUCUCCUGGCACCCUGCGGGGCUUGGAGGAUGAAUGUGUCACAGACGUUAAGGCUCAGACACGAGCAGCCCUCCUUCGAGUGCUGCAGGAGAAUGAGGAGCACUGGGCGAGGACGGAGGACCGGCCCAGCAGCCUGGCACAGGACGUGUGUGAGCUGCUAGAAGAGCAUACAGAGCGAGCACCCCGCAUCAGCCAGGAGUUUGGGGAGCGGAUGGCCCACUGCUGCUUGGGGGGGCUAGCAGAAUUCCUGCAGAGCUUCCAGCAGCGGGUGGAGCGAUUCCAUGAGAAUCCAGGAGUUCGGGAGCUGCUACCUGACACCUACAUCAGCAGGACCAUCUCCCUGGUCAACUGUGGGCCCCCCCUGAGGGCUCUGGCAGAGCGCCUGGCCCGGGUGGGCCCUCCCGAAAGUGAGCCGGCCCGGGAAGCAGCAGCCAGCGCUCUGGACCGCGUGACCCGGCUCUGCCACCGAGUCCUGGCUGACCUGCUAUUCCAGGAGCUGCAGCCCUACUUCAACAAGUUGAUGCGCAGGAAGUGGCUGAACAGCCCGGAGGCCCUGGAUGGCAUCGUGGGCACGCUGGGCGCUCAGGCCCUGGCGCUGCGCAGGAUGCAGGAUGAGCCCUACCAGGCGCUGGUGGCCGAGCUGCACCGGCGGGCGCUGGUGGAGUACGUGCGGCCCCUGCUCCGCGGGCGCCUGCGCUGCCGCUCGGCACGGACCCGCAGCCGCGUGGCCGGGAGGCUCCGGGAGGACGCGGCGCAGCUGCAGCGGCUGUUCCGGCGGCUGGAGUCCCAGGCUUCGUGGCUGGACGCCGUGGUGCCUCAUCUGGCCGAAGUCCUGCAGCUGGAAGACACGCCCAGCAUCCAGGUGGAGGUGGGGGUGCUGGUGCGGGACUACCCAGACAUCAGGCGGAAGCACGUGGCGGCCCUCCUCGACAUCCGCGGCCUGCACAACACAGCCGCCCGCCAGGAGAUCCUGGCCGUGGCCCGGGACCUGGAACUGUCGGAGGGGGGAGCCCUGCCACCCCCUCGGGACCGCGCCUUCUUCUCCGACAUCUCCGUGCCCCGCCCACCCUUCUGCCUCGGCCUCCCUCCCUUCCCGGGCCGCCUUCCCCUCGGCCGGCUGGCCAGGCCUGGUUUGGCCUGUCUGCCCCGGCUUCGGCCUCCGUCCCCAUCGCGGCCCCCCAGCCAACGCUGAGACUCUAGCAGCCCCCCGCCUCACGGCCCCCCAUCUUUGCUGCUGACAAACCAUCCUCCUGUAUGGCCCCUUCUUGACUCCCUGCCUGGGACCGCAGAUCCUCCUAUUCCCCUCCCCUGCCCCCGGGAUGGAAAGAUCCUUGGUCUUCUGGGCCACCCCUACACUCCUGUGGCGAAGAGAAACAGGCCGGAGGGAGCAAGGACUUUCCCAAGGCCACGAAGCUCAUUCCCAGCACCAGCUCCCGGCCCAGUGUGUGGUGGGUGGCGUUCUGGAAGGCUCUACAGAAGUAUCCCAGGCUCCCCUCCCUUCCCCCUCACCUCAAGGUCUGGCCCCAGUCCAACGUAUUAAGGAAUGUACGAUACUUAGAAUAAAGAGGUUUCUAUUUAACACAA